AUGGGACCAAGGCGUUCCUUGCCCGAGUGGCAGGUUGGUGACAUUGCCUUCCUGCGCACACACCAAUGUUUCAGUGCUGCAGACUUUGACAGCCUCAUCCGCUGUCGCUACAUCUCGCCCAAGGCGACAUGUCACCCCUGCAUCGUCCUGGCCGUCCACAACGCCAGGGCGAUUGUCUCGCCCAUCUCAGCCUUCAGCACUGAGAACAACAACUUCCGCCCGCCCUGGGAGCAGAGGUGCCACCGGUCCAAGGUGACGGACCACUUCCGGGCGUUUGAGGGGACAAGCCGGCCCAACAACAGGCAUCCCGCCCUCCGCCUGGCUGAGGAGUCGAUGACGCUGCCGAAGCCCAGAGCAUCCUGGGUCUAUCUCCAGCACUUCUUCUGUGUGCCUUUUUCCGUCCUGGGCUGGUUCGACAAGUCCGACACCCUACUCCGUGUCCACCCGGACUCAGUCGCCCAGCUGAACGAGGGCAUCAAGAAGUUCGAGGACGACUACAGGCUCGCCAUGGCUAGGCUCAUGGCAUCCUCAGCCAGCAGUCCUCAUAAGAGAGGCUCGCUCCAGCCCAGUCUCCACCACCACGGCCGCCGUCACUGCGCCUCGACGCCGACCUACACCCCGGCUACGGCUCGUGUGCCUUCCUGCUCCUCUGCCGCGACCCUCAAGCUGCCGGCGGCCAUGUCUGUUUGUCCACCUGUUGUCGGCGCGGAACAGACCGUCAGCAAGGUUCCGUCCGCCAACGUGUCGUCGUCCAAGCCGACCUGGAGCCAGAUUGCCGCCAGGACUUCGGCUUCAAUGCUUCAAACCAAGUGCGCUGCAUCGCAGAUGCCGAGACCCAACGUCUUGAGUGCAUUCUGA